GGGUAUUUUUUUCUGAGCGAGACAGCGACUGACGGCGCCAUAUUGAAAGAACAACUUUGUUUCAUAAAACGCUAAAAACGUCAAAUUUGCCACCAUGUUGUACCUGGAGGAUUACCUCGAGAUGAUCGAGCAGCUACCCAUGGACCUCCGCGACAGGUUUACGGAAAUGAGAGAGAUGGACCUGCAGGUUCAGAACGCCACAGAUCAGCUGGAGCAGAAGGUGAUCGAGUUCUUCGUCAAUGCGAAGAAGAACAAACCCGAGUGGAGAGAAGAACAGAUGGAGGUCAUUAAAAAGGAUUAUUACAAAGCUCUGGAAGAUGCAGAUGAGAAGGUCCAGCUGGCCAAUCAGAUUUAUGAUCUGGUGGACCGGCACCUGCGGAAACUGGACCAGGAACUGGCCAAGUUUAAGAUGGAGCUGGAGGCCGACAACGCCGGCAUCACCGAGAUCCUGGAGAGACGAUCUUUAGAGAUGGACAGUCCGUCUCAGCCGGUCAACAACCACCACGUCCACUCUCACACCGCCACUGAGAAGAGGAAGCACAGCGCUCCCACUCACCACACUACAGAACACGUUCCAGAGAAGAAGUUCAAGUCCGAAGCUCUGCUGUCCACACUCACGUCAGACGCCUCCAAGGAGAACACGCCAGUGUCCUCUGCAGGUUGCCGUACCAACAGCACGUCCUCGUCCACCAACAACGUGUACAGCGUGAACUCCUCUCAGCCUCUGGCCUCCUACAACCUGAGCUCUCUGCCUGCGGGGCCCGGGGCCGGAGCCGGGGCCAUCACCAUGGCUGCUGCUCAGGCUGUACAGGCCACAGCGCAGAUGAAGGAGGGUCGGAGGACGUCCAGUCUGAAGGCGAGCUACGAGGCCAUCAAGAACAACGACUUCCAGCUGGGCAGAGAGUUCGCUCUGUCCCGGGACAACACUGGAUACUCCUCCUCCGCUCUGGCCUCCACCCUCACCCAGACCCUCACCCCCACCACCACCUCCGACUCCAGGGGGCGCAAGUCCAAAAGCAGCAUCAAGUCUUCCAACCAUCAGUCGUCUUCAUCGUCCUCCUCUUCCUCGCUGUCGUCGUGCUCGUCGUCGUCGGCGCUGGCUCAGGAGCUUUCCCAGCAGGCGUCGGCGCUGCCAGAGGCCGAGGCCAACAGCCAGGUGGACUGGACCUACGACCCCAACGAGCCCCGAUACUGCAUCUGUAACCAGGUUUCUUACGGAGAAAUGGUCGGCUGUGAUAACACAGACUGUCCCAUCGAGUGGUUCCACUACGGCUGCGUCGGCCUUACGGAGGCUCCCAAGGGGAAGUGGUACUGUCCUCAGUGUACGGCCGCCAUGAAGAGGAGAGGCAGCCGCCACAAAUAGACCCAACGCCGCCCGCCAUCUUGGAUUUUUACCUCCACGCCGUCGUCCUCAUAAACCACAACAACCAACACUGCCGCCGACUGAGGUCAGAGGUCACACUGAGGGUUCUGAAGACCGAGAUACUGGAUCACACUUCAUCCUCCAAAUUCUUUACUUUUCAAACAUUUUGACUUCAUGACGUCUGAAAAUAAAACCCCCGAGGCUGAGCGGCCAUUUUAUUGUCCCGCAGCGCCGACAGCGACCCGGGAACCGGAUCCGGAUCUUCAGAGUCCGAUUCACUCCGGAUGUUGUUUCACUGCAGUUUACUGUGACAAUAAAAACACUGUAAUCCUAACCCUCACACAGCCAGAGGUCAGAGGUCAGCCUGUCGGGUUGUGUGUUUAAAUAUAGUCGGAGGAGGAGGAGGAGGAGGAAGAGGAAGAGGAGGAGGAGGAGGAAGAGGAGGAGGAAGAGGAGGAGGAAGAGGAGGAGGAGGAGGGGGGAGGAGGAGGAGGAGGAGGAGGACACUGCGACGUCAUCAGAAAACAAGUUCAGUGAUGAGAUUAAUGUCUGAAAGUCGACUCUUCAAAAUAAAACUCACAGGAUCAGAAUGUGGACUGAACCAGAUCAAUGUUUUAAUAAAAGAUCAGAAAGCA